AUGGAACCUCAAUCCUGGAGCUGGAGCUCGGCGAUGGGAGACCACUCCACAGGAGACAGUGAGGCACGACAGCGGAACACAACUGACCAACCGCCGCAAGCUGAGAACCGCCGCCGCUACGGCCCGCGCACUUGUCGAAUUUGCUUUGAUACGGUAGAGCCACAGUACGCCGAUGCAUCACAAACGGGCCGACCGACUUAUGUUUCCGAGGACCCGACCCUGGGACGACUGCUGUCGCCGUGCAAGUGCAAAGGAACGCAGAAAUAUGUCCACGAAGGCUGUUUGCACGCGUGGCGGGCUGCGAGUCCGUUGCAGGACCGAAAUUUUUGGCAUUGCCCGACAUGUGGCUACAAAUAUCAGCUUACAAGACUUGACUGGGCAUCGCUAUUGAGCAGCAAGAUUACACAGGCUUUGUUGACUCUGCUGCUGUUUGCGGUUGGCAUUUUCAUCCUGGGCUUCAUCGCUGAUCCGGUAUUCAACUUGUGGCUCGAUCCUAUCGGCACGAUCGGUGACGCAUUGACUGCUGACGAAGACAACUGGGAUUCACCAUUCGAAGAACCGCCAACAUGGAUAGAGCAUUUCGUCAAGGGCUUCUUCUCUUUAGGAAUUGUCGGCCUGAUCAAAUCGGCGCUGUUCAUGUCACCAUGGCAUUGGUGGCAGUUACGAGGGACAGGCCUUGGUGGGGGUGGUCGACGCCGCGGUACGGGACGCGGUCGUGUUGAGAACCUCAGCCUCAUGUUUGUGCUCUUGGGCGCAUUCGCAGCUUUGAACGGCAUCUGGAAACUCGUCCGGUCACUCAGCGCGCGCGUUCUCUUGCACAUGCGAGACCGAGUUAUUGAUGUGGACGAAGACUAA